CACUUAAUGAUUUCAUUCUUUAUAGGAACAAAAACUCUCCGGUUACUUUUAAGUUUUGCUGUUGGUGGUCUGUUGGGUGAUGUUUUUCUCCAUCUCCUUCCGGAAGCUUGGAAUCACUUACAAAAGUCAGGGUCAAAUCACCGGACAGCAUAUCUAACAUUAGGGAUCUGGAUUCUUCUUGGUAUCUUCACUUUUGUUAUUGUAGAAAUAAUGUUUUCAUUAUCUCAGGAAACAUCACAAGAAAAUAAACAAGAUUCUGAAGAGAAAAAAUCUAAUAAAGAAUUAUCUGUUUCUCAUUCAUUAACAAAUGGAAAUAUUAAACAUUGUAAAUCAACAAAUGGAGUCAUUUCCAAUGGAUGUGCAACUAAACAAUCCAAGUCAACCACUCAUUCUCAAGAUAAAUCAUCUUUAUCAUCUAAAUCCGAAACAAUACAAGUUACUGGAUAUUUAAAUUUAAUGGCUAACAGUAUAGAUAAUUUUACUCACGGCUUAGCUGUUUCUGCUAGUUUUGUAGUUGGAACAAAAGUAAGUAUAUUUGAAAACAAAAGCAAAACUUAAAAAAUAAUUCUUUUA